AUUCGCAGAUUCGAGUAAAUUGAGUAUUUAAGGCGAGGUAGCUUUGUCUGGGUCGCACUCGCGUCGGAGACAAAUCUGGAUUCAGUCGUACUGAUUUGGAAGACUUGAUCAAAAUGAAGUGUAUCUUGGCAGUGGUUGUUUUGGUUGCUAUGGCAACAAAGAUGACGCAGGCGUGUUGUCUUCCGGACGAGGUCAAGGCGGACGUGUUCUUCACAAUGAAUAUAUCUGUGACGUUGCCCGGUGUAACUUUUAAUAGGGAGAUCAACGGAAUGGGAAACUUCGCAGUCGACUUCAAAGGACAGAGGUUUGCGUUCGUGUUAGGCAGGGUCGGCACGAGAGACGAAACCUUCAUAAACGGGGCUAGCUUCGUAGUGGACUUUUCAAAGAGACUGGUAACCGCGAGCGUUGUUGGAUCAGGCGUUCCUGGAUCAGAUGAUGAAGAUGACCAGUGUUUCUCGAAUAAAAUAAAAGGAAAAUUAACUGACAAGCACCAGUGCUAUAUCGAUAAUGCUGGCUUGAUGCAAGUAGUGAGCACGCCGGAGUUGACCAUAUAUGCGGCGGCAGAUAAUGAUACCCAGAUUACCCUCGGCAUCGACGCCGACUGCAUCCCAAAACUUCUUCAGACUGUGACCACAAUGCCCAAUAACACGGGAGCUGUCGAUAUAAAGAUGUCGGUCGAUAACAUCGAGCUUCAGGUCGAAGAUGCUGACUUCGCGUCCCCAUGUGACAAUCCCACGCCAUUGCCUGGACCUUCGAUGAAGGUCCCUGCUCCUGAGGAAUCACUGAAGGUGUUAUCUUCAAGCAUGAUUGCCCAAGAAAAGAAGCGCCGCCGUUAAUCAGCAGACGCGACGAUGAACCAUUCCCGGAUGUAUGACGUCAGAUCCAGAGAGCUAAUCAUAUCACUGGUGACUGAUUCAAACUGGCAAAUCAAUUUCAGCAGUUAAUCUAUCGAUUAUUUCAAGUUUGAUGUUGAAAGUGUUAGAAAUUCAGACUAGUUCCUUUCCGAGCGAUUGCUAGGUGAGAUACCGGGCUAAUUAAAAAAUAAACAUGACCACUUUUCUGUGUAGUUUUCGCAAAAUAAGAAUUAUGAUAAGCUGA